AUGGCGCUUAACGACGAGAACGGCCACUCACGGUACAAGCAAGAAGACUACCGUCGCAGGAGGCCACAGAAGACGAAGACGCAGGCGUUCAAUGAAUUGGCGGCGUACUUGAACGCACACACGAAGAAUACCAAUAUUCCGGCGCUCACUAGAGCGAACAUGCAGCAGCGCUGGCGAACGUACAAGACAAAGAAAUUCCAGCUCACACUGAAGAAGGGCCGCACGGAAACGGGUCUCGGGAUGACUGAGAAGGAGUUGAGGCAAGGCUUGUCAAUUCAAGCAAAGUUAGACAAGCUGUGCUCUCACUUUGCGCGUAUAGAAAAGCAGUUCGCAAUGAAGGCGAAUAUUCGUGCUCCAGCUACGUUACAACUUGGUCUUCCCCAAGAUGGUACUGGAUGUUGUAGAACAGACUCUAAGUACGACGAGGACAAAGAAAGUCGUUCUGAAGAGAGCGAUAGUGCUGAAAGCAGUGACGAGCAUCUCGGUGCAAGUGGAAGUGAUAACAACGACCAAAGUUAUGACGCUGAUGAAUUCUCCGCACGUAACGAUUUCGAUGAUGACCAAGAUGAAGCUGCAGACGGACCCAAACCUACUGAUGACGGCAAUGAGGCAUCGAGCAAAAAUACUGGAGUAAUAGAACCCGACGAUUCAUUUGAGCCGACUCCACCCGAAGGUGCUCUCUGGACCACAGGAGAAGAGGAUGAGUUACCCCCCUGUCUUCCAUGCUAG